AUGCACAUUACGUGCGCGCAUCGGCUUCGCCGACCAUCCUCUGAAACAACGCAACAACAUACCCUUACUGUCAUCCCUGCUCCAAACCCCGCAGCUUCCACGGCGACAAUCAUCCCCACCGUCGGUGUUCUCACUGCCGAUGCAUCGCCAUUCUCGAUCACCGGCACCACCCUGCCUGUCGUAACUCCCGCGUCGAUCACGACGCCCAGCACAACUGAGACCAUCUCCGGCAUCCUGUCACCCGGUAUCCACACCAAGACCGCCCCUUCAUCAGCAAUGAAGAUUCUAUUCUAA